AUGAAGUUCUCCGCGCUCUCUCUGGGCCUCAUGGCAGCCCUCGUCUCGGCUGUGCCCACUCCUACCAUCCAGCAACGUGCUUCCGUUUCUGAUAAACCCAUCGGAUACGCUUCGCUGAACGGCGGGACCACUGGAGGUGCAGGUGGAACGACCACCACCGUUUCCACCUACGCGCAGUUCACCGCUGCCGUCAAGGGCAACGCAAAGAAAGUCGUGUUCGUCUCCGGCCCCAUCACCACUGCCGCCGCCGCGGUCAAGAUCGGAGGAAACACCUCUGUCAUCGGCAAGUCCUCCGCCGCCAAGCUCACCGGAUUCGGCCUCAUGAUCAAGUCGGUCUCGAACGUCAUCGUCCGCAACAUCGCCGUCUCCUCGGUCCUCGCGGCCAACGGCGACGCCCUCGCCGUGCAGCUCUCGACCAACGUCUGGUUCGACCACGUCGACCUCUCCUCCAACCGGGACCACGACAAGGACUACUACGACGGCCUCCUCGACCUCACCCACGCCGCCGACUUCGUCACCAUCUCCAACUGCUACAUCCACGACCACUGGAAGGCCUCCCUGAUCGGCCACUCGGACAGCAACUCGGCCGAGGACAAGGGCCACCUGCGCGUCACCUACCACAACAACUACUGGCGCAACAUCAACUCCCGCGGGCCCUCCAUCCGCUUCGGCACGGGCCACAUCUUCAACUCCUACUUCGACAACGUCUCCGACGGCAUCAACACCCGGCUCGGCGCCCAGGUCCUCGUCGAGGGCAACACCUUCGUCGGCUCCUCCAAGCCCCUCUACUCCACCGAUGCCGGCUACGCUGUCUCCGUCGACAACAACUUUGGCUCCGGCGCCAACACCGCGCUCGCCGGUACCCUCAAGACUGUGCCGUACUCCUACACCAAGAUCGCCGCUUCCGCCGUCAAGGCUGCUGUUGUUGGCAAGGCCGAUCCAACCAAUCCCGGCGCUCCGCCUCGCGAUAGGAGGGCAGAGGGAGCAGCGGGUGCGCCGAGAGCACAAGAGGUUCCACGAUGUCGAGUGGGUGAACGGCGAGACGCUGAGCUGGCUGGCAGAGCUGUACGAUAUCGCUGGCCUGCCCCUACUGACAGGCGAAGGGAGGGUGCCGCCGGUGAUGGGAAAAGAGACGGACACGGAUCCACGGCCCUUCGUCCUGAGGAGGAGAAGUCCUCACGCCCCGAAGAGGCGGAGGCGGAUAAGAACCGGUCGGGGGUGGGUGGUGGUGGAGGAGGAGAGGAAGCAGCCGGGCAAAGACUUGCUUGCAUAUAUCUAGCUAGAGGGUCAGAGCGUUGUCAGCGCAGAAAGCAUACGACGUAG